AUGUCGUCUACAGCUAGAACGACGCUCUUCGGGCGGCACGCCUGGAGAUCGCUCUACGAGUCCCUGGACUUCCUGACUGUGCGCGCGCCCUCGAGACGCAACCCAGUGAGCCGCUGGCAAACAAGCCCGUCCAGCUCUUAUCAUUCCUCUGCGACUUUCGGCCGACCUUCGAAUUUUUCAUCCUGGGCCUUUCCGAAGUCGCCGAAAGCCUCCGGCUACAAUGUGCGGCGCAGCUUCACUUCGGGCGGGCUUCUGCUCGCCAGCUUCAGUCCACCAACCUCGAGUACAGGCACCGUCGUUGCGACUUGUACCGCCGCGGCCGAUUCGGGUCUGCUGGCAAAUGUGUCACAGAAAGCAGACCUGCUCAAGCUAGCCCGGCAACCAUGGCAGAGAGGCAUCCACACCGGAAGGAGGAGGCGACCACAUGCAACGAUGAGGAGAAAGAAAAGCACCAAGUCGAACACCGGUGCAAGCAAAGCUACUGCUGCUGCAAAGUCUCAAAAUGAGCCUGUGAAGUCACCCUCCGCAGCCAAGUCCGAGACGAAGGCUCCCGAGGCCGAGUCGACGCAAGAGCACAACUAUAUCUCGAACUAUUUCCAUCUCCCCAACGUACAUCUUCCACACCGACCCACAAAGGAGGAGUUUCUGGCAGCAGCGAACGGGUUCUGGGAACGGUUGAAAGUCCGAUUCAAGUGGUUCUCCAUCAGGAGUAUGCGACCUUGGAACACUGAUGAAUGGGGUGCAUUCCUCUCAUUCUUCCUCUUCGGUCAUCUUGUCUGGAUCCUGGUCGGGACAACCACUUUUGUCUCCGGACUGCUGUUCCUGGUCAACACCGUCUCUGCCCAAGAAUGGCUGGCAAAGAAGGUGGGCAACUACCUCACCGAGUCUGCAGGCUUGACCGUCAUAUUCGAGUCUGCUAUUGUCCCCAGAUGGGGAGAUGGAGUCAUCUCCUUCAGGAACGUCUUCGUGUCGCGGCGACCCGGACAGACAAAGUCUUCCGUUAGCAAAGGUUCUCCUUCUAGCGCUGCCGCAGCCGCCGCUGCCGAGCGACCCAAAGAGGAGGCCUGGGAGGUAGAUGAUGGCAACUACACACAGUUUGACGUCACCCUCAACACGGUGAAUGUCACAGUGUCUUUUGCCAAGUGGUGGAAUGGAAAAGGGUUCCUGAAGGACGUAGAAAUCAAAGGAGUCCGAGGUGUUAUUGACAGGACACAUGUGCACUGGUCAGGGGGUAAUGUAGAUCCCCUGUCCUAUCGGCAUGAGCACAACCCGGGCGAUUUUGAGAUCGAAUCUUUCAAGAUGGAAGAUCUCCUGGUUACUGUACAUCAGCCAGGCGGCUUCCGUCCCUUCUCCGUCAGUAUUUACUCCUGCGAGCUUCCGCAGCUCCGGAAGCAAUACCUCUUUUACGACAUGCUAUCGGCGAACCACAUGUCGGGUUCCUACGAUGGCUCGCUUUUCACGAUACAUCCCCGCCAAGUUCACGGAGUUGCUGCUGGUCAAGAACGGUUUUCCACUGACUUGGGCGAGCCGGAUGCGUGGAAGAAGUUCAGCCGCCUGCGGAUAGACGGUCUCCGAAUCGACCAUUUGAACAGAGGCGAUGAGGGCCCAUUCGGAUGGAUUUAUGAGGGCAAUGUUGACAUUGUCGCCGACGUCAUGUUCCCCAAUGACGACGACGAUAGCAUCACCAAAGUGAUGUCCGACUUCUAUGAUCGUCUAGAAGAGGCUGUUACCUCCAACCGCUACCUCCAAAUUCUCGACAGAAACAAGCGACGUCUCCAGGAAGAAGGCGACGAAAAUAUGCGCAGCGGAACCUUUGAGGAGGCAUACCAGAUCCCUGUGAUUGAUGAAUCAGAUCCAGAGGCCAAGCCUGCGGACCCAGUCUCCCAGGACGCUGCCUCCACACCGGCAAGCCCGUCCAAGGAUGACGAACCACCCCGCUACCUAGUCAUGGAUCUACGAAUCCAUCUCAACGACGUUAAGGCCACGGUGCCUGUCUUCACGUCGAGCCUGUCGUACGUGAACCAGGCGCUCGUGCGCCCGAUUGUAGCAUACAUCAACGCCAAGAAGACGUACAUUCCCAUCGGCUGCCGGAUCGUCAAGCGCUCUUCCGACUUCGAUGGCGCGUGGUCGGUCUUCGAUUGUGGACUGAUGACCGACGUCUCGGCCGAGGUGUACGAUGCGUUUGCUCGGGAUGUGGAAGACCAACAGAGCCGUGUCCGCCGCCUGAAGAAGGUCGGCUUCUGGACUCUGAGCUUGGCGGUACAUGCGCUCUUCAUGGGCAUGGCAGGCAAUGUAAUAUAG